AUGCAGCCAAACAAGGAAAGCGGCAACAAUGGAAAGAAUUUCACUGUAUACGGUAAAGAUUUUAUCUUUGAAGGAAUAACCGUGAGAAUGAAACAAAAGACCGUUCCCCAAGAGGGUGAUCGCGACAAAGUUAAGUAUGGGGUUGAUGAUUUACUGGAAGCAACUGUGCACGAGAUACAGCAGCUUUUGGAUCGUCGGCCAGUAGUAACUGUUAAGGUAUUGGUUGACUGGAUGAGCUCUACAAGUCGGAUAGACAUUGAAAGAGCGCUACCGUUCUGUGGAUACAUGUUUGAGAAUGGUCCAUGGAAGAAGGCGUUGAUCAAAUUUGGUGUCGACCCAAGGGCUAGACCCGACUUUCGUUAUUAUCAAACAGUCACCUUUGAGAUGGAUUUCAACCCCAUUGUUGAACGAGGAGAGCACGACUGGGAAAAGAGUGGAGAGCUUGCCUUCCCACAAUUACUCAAGGGGGAUGAUAAUGUCCCCUAUACUUUCAAUGGGAGGAAGUUUGUGCCGGACGACAAUAGCUGGCAGAUCUGUGAUAUUAGCGAUGUGCUUCUACAGGGCAUCGUAGCAACAAGCGACAUUCGGUCGACACCCACUCUCAAUGAAGGCUUCUUCUGGAACGGAACAAUGGCAAAACUGGAAGUCAUUAUGCGUCACAAGAUUGUAUGCAUAAGGGACGGUGGUAUACCUGACGAUGAGGACUACGGGUGUCUUCUAUCUUUCCCAGACAAGUACCAGCCGCCAACCGGGCGUGAUCACUCUAAGUAUGGCUUAGAGUUUGGGCAGAAAUAUACCCAGAAGCAGGCUUAUCUGAGAGGUCGAAUAGUAGACAGGGCAAGAAGAGGUGUACACUGA